AUGAGUGCAAUAUUAUCAGCAGAUGAUUUAAAUGAUUUUAUAUCACCUGGUGUAGCAUGUAUAAAACCAGUUCAAGAACCACAACAAACUUCAGAUCAUAAUGAAAAUGGUGAAGUUGAAAUUCAAAUUGAUUCAAAAGGUAAUCCUUUAGAGAUUUCAAAAAUUGAUGGCAAACAAAAUAAUUUAUCACCAGCUCAAAUAUCAUUAGCUGAUUGUCUUGCAUGUUCGGGGUGUAUAACAUCGGCGGAAGAAGUAUUAGUUGCACAACAUUCUCAUCAAGAACUAAUAAAAGCUUUAAAAUCAAAUAAAGAUAAAAUAUUCGUUGCAAGUAUAUCACAACAACUGAGGGCUUCAUUAGCUACAGCAUAUGAAUUAUCAGUUGAAGAAAUAGAUAAGUUAUUAAUAAAUUUAUUCGUCAAUCAAAUGGGAUUCAAAUAUGUGGUGGGGACUUCAUUAGGUAGAAAAUUAUCAUUAAUAAAUGAAUCAAAAAAUAUUAUAAAUCAAAAACAACAAGGUUUGAAAAAUCCUAUACUAUCUUCCAUUUGUCCUGGUUGGGUACUAUAUGCAGAAAAGACACAUCCAUAUGUAUUACCAAUGAUAUCAACAGUCAAAUCAUCACAACAAAUUACUGGUUGUUUAUUAAAAUCAUUAACUGCAUAUGACUUUGGAGUUUCCACAUCCGAAGUUUAUCAUUUAUCAAUAAUGCCAUGUUUUGAUAAAAAACUAGAGAGUGCAAGACCUGAAAUAUUUGGUGAUACAACACCUGAUGUUGAUUGUGUUUUAACAGCAAAAGAAUUAGUUACUUUACUAGAAGAAGAACCAAACUACAAAUUGAUACACAAAUUAUCACCACCAAUAAUGAAACAAAGUAUAGAUGAUGUAUAUAGAUCAGUUGCUCCCAAAAAUUGGCCAUUUGUUUCGUAUUCUUGGUCAAAUGAUCCUGGAUCAUCUUCAGGUGGGUAUGCUUUUAAUUAUUUAAGAAUUUUUCAAGAUGAUUUGAUACUAAAAGGUUAUAAUGAAUCAGAUUUUACAAUGAAAAUAAUUCAAGGUAAAAAUUCAGAUAUUUAUGAAAUGAGAUUAAUGUAUAAUAAUGAAAAAUUAGCUAGUGCAGCUAUAGUAAAUGGAUUUAGAAAUAUUCAAAAUUUAGUAAGAAAAUUAAAACCAAAUGGUAAAACUACAACAAAAGUUAAUCCUUUAGUAGCUAGAAGAAGGGCCAGAGUCAAAGAUCAAUCACCAAUAGUAACAACGUCAACAGAAGAAUUAGCAGAUGCAUCAAAAGUAGAUUAUGUAGAAAUAAUGGCAUGUCCAAGUGGUUGUAUAAAUGGAGGUGGUCAAAUAGCACCACCACAAGGAUCAUUAGAAAAAGAUUGGAUAAAUGAACUGUUAAUGAAAUAUAAUACUGUACCAAUGUUUGAUUUAUCAUUACAUCCAAAAGAUAUUGAGAAAUUUAUUGAAUGGAGUCUUGACUUUGAGAAAGAAUUUAAUAUAAGUAAUGAUAGAUUAUUUAAAACAUAUUUUAAUGAAGUUGAAAAACCAACUGAUCCAACAGCUAUAUUAGUUGGAUCAAAAUGGUAA